AUGGCGGCAAACCCUAAUGCUAUCAACGUAAACGAUCCGGGGCUGAUUACACUCGUCAACAAGCUCCAGGAUGUAUUCACCACCGUCGGAGUCCAAAACCCCAUAGAUUUGCCCCAAAUCGCAGUCGUAGGAUCGCAGUCUAGCGGAAAGAGUUCGGUGCUUGAAAACAUUGUCGGACGAGACUUUUUGCCCCGAGGAACCGGUAUCGUCACCCGAAGGCCGCUCAUUCUCCAACUCAUCAACCGCGCAUCCAGUUCACAAGCCAACGGCACUGGCGAGGGGGCAAAGACCACAGACCAAGAGAAUAAUGUCGACGAAUGGGGCGAGUUUCUGCACAUUCCCGGCCAAAAGUUCCAUGACUUUAGCAAGAUACGAGAUGAGAUUGUAAGGGAGACGGAGCAAAAGACUGGUCGCAAUGCAGGAAUUUCGCCAGCGCCCAUCAACCUGAGGAUAUACUCACCAAAUGUCCUCACCCUUACGCUCGUCGACUUGCCCGGUCUGACCAAGGUGCCUGUUGGAGAUCAACCUAGGGAUAUCGAGCGACAAAUUCGUGAGAUGGUUCUCAAGCAGAUCAGCAAGCCCAAUGCUAUCAUUCUUGCUGUCACCGCCGCCAACACCGAUUUGGCCAACUCGGACGGUCUAAAGCUCGCGCGCGAGGUCGACCCAGAAGGACAACGGACAAUUGGUGUUUUGACCAAGGUAGACUUGAUGGACGAGGGAACCGACGUUGUGGAUAUUCUCGCUGGACGCAUUAUCCCGCUGCGAUUGGGUUACGUUCCUGUCGUGAACAGAGGUCAGAGGGAUAUCGAGAAUAAGAAGGCGAUCUCCUAUGCGCUCGAGCAUGAGAGGCAGUACUUCGAAAACCACAAGGCAUACCGUAACAAGGCAGCCUACUGCGGUACACCUUACCUGGCCCGCAAGCUGAACUUGAUUCUCAUGAUGCACAUCAAGCAAACUCUCCCCGACAUCAAAGCGCGCAUCUCGUCUUCGCUGCAAAAGUAUCAGGCUGAGCUUUCAUCACUUGGUAACUCCAUGCUGGGCAACAGCUCCAACAUUGUUCUUAACAUGAUCACGGAGUUUACCAAUGAAUACCGUGGAGUGCUUGAAGGAAACAACCAGGAACUAUCCGCAGUCGAGCUGUCCGGUGGUGCUCGUAUUUCGUUCGUUUACCACGAGCUGUACGCCAACGGUGUCAAGGCUGUCGAUCCCUUUGACCAGGUCAAGGACAUGGACAUCCGAACAGUUCUGUACAACUCUUCUGGUUCAUCUCCUGCGCUGUUCGUCGGCACUACGGCUUUCGAGCUUAUUGUCAAGCAACAGAUCAAGCGACUCGAAGACCCCAGCUUGAAGUGUGUCAGUCUCGUCUACGACGAGUUGAUCCGCAUCCUUGGUCAGCUGCUCAACAAGAAUGCUUUCCGAAGGUAUCCUGCGCUCAAGGAAAAGCUGCACCAAGUUGUUGUCAGUUUCUUCAAGAAGGCAAUGGAGCCGACCAACAAGCUUGUCAAGGACCUUGUCGCCAUGGAGUCGGUUUACAUCAACACUGGUCACCCAGACUUCAUCAACGGUUCGCGCGCCAUGGCCAUUGUACACGAACGACACAACAGCAACAAGCCCCAACAAGUUGAUCCUAAGACCGGAAAGCCACUGCCGCCUUCCGUACCACCGCGAUCUAUCUCUCCUACACUUGACUCCGGAGAAGGUGGCUUCUUCGGCUCAUUCUUUGCUAGCAAGAACAAGAAGAAGAUGGCUGCCAUGGAGCCUCCGCCACCUACGCUCAAGGCCUCCGGUACCCUCUCGGAGAAGGAGUCUCAGGAGGUUGAGGUUAUUAAACUACUGAUCACAUCCUACUUCAACAUUGUCCGCCGGACAAUGAUUGACAUGGUACCCAAGGCUAUCAUGUUGAAUCUCGUACAGUGGACCAAGGAGAACAUGCAGGGCGAGCUCCUCACCAACAUGUACAAGACGGACGAGCUGGACGAAUUGCUGAAGGAAUCCGAGUACACGGUCAAGAGGAGGAAGGACUGCCUGCAGAUGGUGGAGAGUCUGACCAAGGCGCAAGAGAUUGUCAACCAAGUACAGUAA